AUGGCGGAUACGACGUCGCCGCCCAAGUCCGUCCACACCAUCGUCCUCGAUGCUGGCCCUAUCCUGAAGAAUACCCCGCCGUUAUCCACCCUUCUCGCACAAUGCGAGGAACUGCUCAUCACCCCAUCGGUGGUCAGUGAAAUUCGCGAUCCCGAUGCCCGACUCAGAGUUGAGACUAUGUACCUGCCUUUCUUAAAACAACGGACUCCGACCCCGAAAAGUAUCAGUGUAUUGAGCGAAUUCGCCAAGAAGACUGGCGAUAGGGCCGUUUUGAGUAGAACCGAUAUUGAGGUUCUGGCACUUGCAUAUGAGAUAGAGUGUGAAAGGAACGGUGGCGAUUGGCGGCUGCGCAGUGUUCCAGGGCAGAAACAGGUGAAUGGCAAGCCACCCGUUAAGGAGGAAGUAAAACAGCCCGAGACGGCGGAUGAGUCUGGCCAGACUGAGGAGAAGACCGAAAGUCCUGAAGUCGAUGCAAUUGCGGAGGAUCUGGAGAACACAGCUCUAGAGAAACCGAAUGAGAAGUCACAGGAUGAAGCCACCGCUGCUGAAGAAACCAAGCCAGCCGAACAAUCAACCCCGCAAGAGCCCCAAGAAGAGGACGACGAAGCCGCUGACUCGGACGGCGGAGAAUGGAUCACCCCUUCAAAUCUGAAGAAGAAACAAGCCCGCGACGAGGGUAUCUCUGCGUCGGCGACACCGGAGCCCAAGGUUAUGCAAGUUGCGACGAUGACGACUGAUUUUGCGUGCCAAAACGUGUUACUCCAGAUGAAUUUGAACCUACUUUCGACCACAACCUUACAAAGAAUUCGCCAUCUUAAGUCCUUCAUUAAACGCUGUCACGCUUGUUUCUUCACGACCAAGGACAUGAACAAGCAAUUUUGCCCACGGUGCGGAAAAGACACCCUCACUCGUGUCUCUUGCACUACCGAUGCCAAUGGGCAGUUCAAGAUGCACCUGAAGAAAAACAUGCAAUGGAACAACCGAGGAAACGUUUUCAGUAUUCCCAAGCCCACCCACGGAAGCUCUAGUGGAAAGUGGAAAGGAGGCGGUGGUAAAGGCGGCUGGGGAACCGAUCUUAUCCUCGCAGAAGACCAAAAAGAAUAUGUCAGAGCUACCGCUGAGGAAAGCCGAAGACUUCGGAAGGAACGGGAUCUUAUGGAUGAGGACUACCUCCCUGGAAUUCUGACCGGAGAGAGAAACAAGCACGGUGGUCGGAUCAAAGUUGGCGCUGGUAAGAGUGUGAAUUCGAGGAAGCGGUAA